AUGGUCACCCCGACAUCGUCGAACAGCGUUGCGAUCGAAUGCCGCGACAAGAGGACGUACUACUUUUCUGUGGCGAGGGGAGCCACGCGUGCGGACGACGCCGUGCUGCUACAAGGGGUGCGGAGGUUCGAGGAUGAGAUCGCCUGGCUCAUCGAGGAGGACAACUUUUCUCACUCGUCGGACACCUGUCGCGUGAACGCCUCCCUCGACUCCCGAGGGGAAACCCUCGGACUAGACCCGGACACGCACGCUUUCCUCGACGGCUGCGAGCCCACGUGCGAUUCGUCGGAGUGCACGAGGGGCUUCCCCAGCGGGUACCAUCCGGCGCUGGAGCACCGGCGGCAGGGGAUCGAGGACUCGACCGAGUGGGCCUACAGCGGCGUGAACAAGAGCUUCAGGCUCUGCCCGACUUACGGCCGGUAUCUCGUGGUGCCGUCUGCCCUUGACGAGGCGGGUAUCCGAAAGGCUUCGAAGUGGCGGAGUCGCUGCCGCAUACCGGUGCUAUCCUGGCUACACCCGCUCACCGGAGCCGGCCUCUGCCGCUCCAGCCAGCCGAUGACGGGACUCGGCAUCAACCCUUCCUCUCCGGAAGACGAGCAGCUGCUCAUGGCCAUUAGAGCGGCAGCCGACGCGGCCGCGGGGGAGCCUCCUCGCGCUGCGGCAAGCAAGAGAGAACGGCGCCGUUGUGAUUGUUGCUCCCGCGCCGCCGCCGCCGCCGCCGCCGCUGCAAGGAGAGGCGCGGAGGAGGGGCACGGCGGCGAGCCCGCGCCUCCGUCGGAGGAGGAAGGCGACAAUACGCUGCUGCUGCUGGCGGCAACCGCCGCGCAAACCUUUGUCGCCGCGGCCGGCGGGGGCGGGGGCGGGGGCGGUCAGUGGCAACGAUCCCCGGCAGUUUGCGAUCAUGGCCGGAGCUUCCGCAGCGGCGGCGACGAUGCCGUUCAGCGGCUCGACGGCGGCGGCGCGGGAGCGGCGGGACGAAGCGGCGGGAAUCUGCGGGCCAGUGGUGACGACGCCCAGGUCAUCGACUGGGACAGGGCGUUCGACCACGGCCGCAUCAACAACGGCAACGACGACGACGAUGACGAUGACGAUGACACCUGUAGCAUCGCGUCGUCGUCGGUGAAUUCGGUCUCCUCCGCCCCCGGGAACCCUUCCUCCCGCCCUUCCUCCCUCGCCGGCUCGGCGCUACUCCACCCUCCCGCCGCCGUUGCCGCUGCCGGCAACGGCGCCGGCGCCUCGGCCGCUGAGUGUCCCCCGCGACUCCUGUCGUCGUGCGUCUCACCGCAGGCCGACGGCGGCGGCGGCGGUGGCAGCGGCCGCAGGUCCAACAGGAGCAGCCUCGGAGCGGCAAAGGUUACCCCGGUGCGGCCACCCCGCAUGCUGUCAGUACCGGCAAGCCUGGGGUCUAUCUCUGCUACGACUACUGUCGCCGCCGGGACGGCUGCUGCCCCUCCUGCGGCCGUUGUUGUUGUCGGUAAGAAGGAGGAGGAGGAAGAGGAGGGGGAGCGGCGAGCGUCGGCGGUGCUGCGCAUCGUGGACGCUAGACCCAUGAUCUCGGCGAAGGGCCACCUCAUACUGGGCAAGGGCCACGAGGUAAUCUCGCGGCUUGGUGGGCCCCGGCGGGCAUCGCUAACGUUCCUCGAGAUACCCAACGUCCACGCGAUGCAGCAGAGCUUCGCCACGCUCAUGUCGGCGUGCUCCGGCCGGGAGGAUGACCCGGCAUGGCUGGUGAACCUACACAAUUCGCGGUGGUUAGACUUCGUGGGAGCCCUCCUGAGCGGGGCUUCGGACGUGGCGGAGUACCUCGAGGCGGGAGAUCCGGUCCUGGUGCACUGCAGCGAUGGCUGGGACAGGACGUCUCAGCUCACGGCUCUGGCGCAGCUUCUGCUGGACCCGUACUACCGCACCAUCGAAGGCUUCCAGGUGCUAGUGUCGAAGGACUGGUGCUCUUUCGGACACCGAUUUGCGGUGCGAGGGGGACACGGUCGCCAAGGGGCGGCCGAAUCGUCACCUAUCUUCCCGCAGUUCUUGGACGCCACUUACCAGCUCUUGAGGCAGUUCCCGGCGUCCUUCGAAUUUUCCGAGAACCUUCUCCUGCUUCUCCUUCACGCGUACCACUCGAGGUGGUUCAACGACUUCCUGCAAGACAGCGAGUACGAAAGAGCGCUGGCCCACGCUCGGUCCUCGCGGGCCGCCCCGAUCGGCAACGGCAACGGCAACAACGGCGACCGGACCGUCUCCGUGUGGUCCCAGGUCCGCAUCCGCCGAGAACUUUACGAAAACCUUCUCUGGGCCGGCGGCGGCGGCGGCGGCGGCGGGGCGGUGGCGCCGCGCCCGCAGCAGCAGCAGCAGCAGCAACGGCCGCUGGCGCGGGAGGCGGACGGGGAGGCGAGAGGAAGGGCCGUGCAAGGGGGGAGCGGCGCUCUCCUGGCGUCUGCAAGGGUCGGCGGCGGCAGCGGAGGUGGUGGCGGUGUAGAUAGGUGGGGUGCCGGUUGUAAAUGCGGCGCAGUUGACGACGACGACGACAACGCGGAGGCUGGCGGACAUCGGCCGCGGCGGCGGCGCGUUCCUUCCUCUUGGCGGAGGGAGAAGGAGAUGGAGAGAGAGCGCUUGCCGCCGCCCCUGUGGCCGGCGUGCGGGGUUCGGUCCCUCGCCGUUUGGCGGAGCGCGUGGGCGAGCCGAGGCCUACAGGUGUGA